AUCUAGUGAAAAACACUUUUAAAAGAAUUUUUGUUUAACUGAAUGUACUUAGCAACAAGUGGUGCGUCUGGCAAAUAGUAACCCAUGGUUACAAACUUACAAUGAAGCAUUCUAACCUACCCUAUUCAUCGACUCUUACUUGUGCAUUCUCCAUUCGCAUUCGCCCUCAAUUAAUCGUAGUGCCCUCGUUGGUCUGAUAUCACCAGGUCCAGCAUAAGUUCAGUUGAGUAGAAGCACUUUCGCCACCGUCAUAGAGUACCCAUCUCUGUUUAAUCCCUAGAGUAGCUAUCUUUGUCUCCUUGAUGUAGAGUUAAUGGAUUAAAUUCGCUUUUUAAAUGCUUGAAUAGAAAUUCAGGGUUUGCAAAUUUUGAAUGCUACAAAACUGUAUGCCCUAAUAUGUACACUAAAGUUUCAAUGUUUAAACAGUAGAGGAUUCGUGAUCUGUUUUUUAACCAUAGAGUAACUCUCUUUUUCUUUUUUAUGUUUGCAAAUUUUGAAUGCUAUGAAAUUGUAUUUCCUAAAGUUUCAAUAUAUAAAUAGUAGGAUUUGAUAUCCGGAUUCAUGAUCUGUUCGUAUCUCUUCUUGAUACCACUCAUAAUCUGCUUGAGAUUUAGACAUACCCGAAUUCACCCAUUUGAGGUUAUCUCUAACCUAGUUUUUCCUAUAAUUUGCUUCUAUUAGUGCUGCUUAUAUCAUGGUGAGCAGGAGGGAUAGACUCAGUGAACUUCCGGCCGAUUUACUUGACAAGAUAUUGGGAUGUAUGCCCAUUUCGGAUGCUGCUAGAUUGGCCGUUUUGUCUUCUUUCUGGAGAGAUGCAUGGUUCAGUCUUACAACUCUCGACUUUGAUGAUGACUUCUUUUGUCACAUAAGAGACAAGUAUGAUUGGUUCUAUGCUUGUAGUGAUGAAAGGACCCAUAAACUAAUAUAUGACAAUGAUAAAAUUGAUAUCUCGGUCUCUAUGAGUUUGAAUGUAAUCAACAAAGUUCUAAUUCAGCACAAUGGACCUAUUCACAAAUUUUGCUUUGCAUUUGGGGAUGACGGGAUAGGAUCACUUAAGUCACGAGUACUAGAUAUUUAUCAAUGGCUCACUUUUGUCACACAAAAAGGUGUUGAAGAAAUUCACCUUAGGUUUGAGAGACAAGAUGGAUUCUUACUGCCAAACUGCAUCUUUUCCUGCCCAACACUCAGGAGUUUGCGUCUCUGUGGGUCGACUUAUGACACAGUAGAUGCACCUCGAAACUUACCAAAUUUCACUUCACUUUAUUUUGAAUAUGUUAGCUUUGAGCCUAGUGGUCAUGCAAUUAAUGCUCCUAUGCUUGAGAAUCUCACAUUUUUUGCAUGUGAUGAAUCCAUGUUCCAUUUUAAUAUUACUGCCCCAAAACUUGGUAUGUUAACAAUUCAAGCUUGUUCUUAUCGCCAACGUAAUGGUUAUCUUCCAAUUAACUACGCAAGUUGGGAAGCUGUUUGUACUCUUGUUCUAGAUGGAUACUCGAUCAAGAAAUUUUUUGAGCCUUUUACUACAAGGGGACUGCCACUGCAACCACCCCUACGACUAAAUGUGGAAUACUUGUUGUUGCGUGAUGACCCACUAGAGUGUGACCUUUAUGGGAAUUACAAAGUACAGGGUGAUAUUUCUCGUACAUUCAUUCAUUUGCUGCGUUUAUGCCCAAAUUUGCGCAAACUUCAUAUGGAUGUAUCGAUUAUUGAAAUGUUAGGGGAUUGUUUAGGGAAAAACUCAAAACUUUCAGAGUAUUUAUGCAGUGUGGCUGUAAGACUUUACUUUCUUGAUGCUAUGAUCUUGGGUGACGUCUCAUACACAAGCUGUAGUGAGACUUGGCUGUCUGGGAUCAAGGUGUUUCUUGCAUGCUUCCCACGACUUCAGAAGUUUGUCAUUGGAAAACACUUCAAUCUCCAAACUACUAAGAAAAUUUUGCUUUUUCCUCGUGCCUCCGCAAAAGUCAAAAUAGUUUUCAUUUAAGAACUGUAUUGUAUUCGAAUGAAUUGAAUGUAUGUAUUGAUAUUUGUACUUCAUGGGUUCAAGAAUGUACAUUUGUGUUGUUUGAGAACUCUUCUUGCCAGAGAUUUGAGACAUACUUAGCCAAGUUCAUUCAUUCUUUGGAAUUUGGGGUUAUGCCUAACCUUCUUUUUCUUGUUAUUGCAUCAGUACAGGAUUUUGGAAUGCUUUCAC